CGUACGUCGGACGAUGUCGAUGGUUAAUAGGCGCGGUGGUGUGGUUUAUCUGUAAUCAAGUGAUCGUGUUGUGCCGGAGACCGAGGGGUAUAUCAUGGAUGAUGAGGCUAAGUUAAAGGAGGAGGGCGUUGAUGUCUUCGAUGUAGUUUUGAUUGGAGCGGGCAUUGAGGGAUCGGCAGCGGCUUAUUACAGCGCUAGAGAUGGACGUCGAGUCUUACUCAUAGAACAGUUUUCCUUGCCCCAUACAAGAGGAAGUUCUCAUGGCGGUAAUCGAGUUAGUUGCUUCGCUCAAUCCGACAAACCUUAUCAGAAACUCAUCGAAGAGGCUUAUCCACUAUGGGAGGAGCUGGAAAAAGAAACAAACACAGAAAUACUUAGAAAAGUCGGGAUGUUGCUUAUUUCACCAGACGGAUGGGAGGACGGUUAUCCGCACCACAUCUUGCAAUCUAUGAUGAAAUCCGGAUCCGGAUUAGAGAGGAUACCCACCGAAGAAGCAAAGAUUCGGUUUCCAAAUUUCAAACCUUGCACAGGAACCGAGUUGUACUUGUACAAGAAUGCUGGCUAUAUCCGAGCAAAUAAAGCCCUGCAGGCUUUUCAGGGUGAAUUCGUGAAACAUGGUGGAGUCCUCCAUGAUGAAGAGAAGAUGUUGGAGAUUAUUCCUGGUACCAUGGUAACGGUGAAAACCAAUCGAAGUGAGUACCGGACCCAGAGUGUCAUCCUAGCUCCUGGUUCAUGGGCAUCAACACUCCUAAAACAACUUGGACUGAAUAUACUACUUCAGGUUUUCCGUGCAUACCACAUCUUUUGGAAGGAGAGGGUGCCAGGCAUGUAUAGGGACUUCCCCGUCUAUAAUGACAUCAGCAAUGAGGGUCUUCGUGCCAGUGGUUCUCCUAGCCAUGAGUACCAUGGUCUCAUGAAGAUCUCGAAGUGGAAUCCAUCUCCAAUCGAUGGUCCUGAUUUUCGGGAUCGAUCCGGUGAACCGCGGGAACUAGAUCUUAACAAAAAGUAUGUUCGGGAACACUUUCCUGGACUGGAUGCAGACAAUGGUCCCGCUAUCAAAGAAGCGUGCCUUGUUACGAACACACCCGACGCCGGUUUCAUCCUAGACGUCCAUCCAUCUUACAGUAACAUCGUCAUCGCUUGCGGGUUCUCAGGCCGGGGGUUUGAAUUCGCCCCCAUUAUAGGGCGGAUCAUGACCCAACUCGCCGAGGGCACUAAACCCCAACUAGAUAUCACCGCCUUCAAGAUGAACAGAUUCGACAGACAAUAAGAAAUAUGCAGUUAUAUGUUAAAUCAUUUGUUUUUAAAUGAACAUUGUGUUCUUAAAAUUUCGCUGAUAUUUAUGCAAAGAAUUCGAAUGGAAAGGGAUCAUUUAAACAAGCUUAUAACAAUUGCUGAAAUAAAACAUAUUAAAUAAUGUUGAUGAAUAAAGCAAAAACUUGUUAUAGGGGGGGGGGGAGAGGAG